CAGGAUGGCCGCAGAGGAGUCGCGGCGACCCGCGGGGCCGAGGGCGCAGCCGUGAUCCGGCGGGGGUGCCGUGCCGGAGCUGCCGGCCAGGUUGGGGGGGCAGCUGGUGGCGGCAGCGUACAGUCGGCCGCGCAUCUGGAUGGAAGCGAGCUUUGUCCAGACCACCAUGGCUCUGGGGCUGUCCUCCAAGAAAGCGUCCUCCCGCAACGUGGCCGUGGAGCGGCGGAACCUCAUCACCGUGUGCAGGUUCUCUGUGAAAACCCUGCUGGAAAAGUACACGGCGGAGCCCAUCGAUGACUCCUCUGAGGAGUUUGUGAACUUCGCUGCCAUUCUUGAGCAGAUCCUCAGCCACCGUUUCAAAGCCUGUGCCCCAGCAGGUCCAGUGAGCUGGUUCAGCUCAGACGGGCAGCGAGGCUUCUGGGACUACAUCCGGCUGGCCUGCAGCAAAGUCCCCAACAACUGUGUGAGCAGCAUUGAGAACAUGGAGAACAUCAGCACCGCCAGAGCCAAGGGCCGGGCAUGGAUCCGGGUGGCGCUGAUGGAGAAGCGCAUGUCCGAGUACAUCACCACGGCUCUUCGGGACACCCGGACCACCAGACGUUUCUACGACUCGGGAGCUAUCAUGCUGCGGGAAGAGUCCACGGUCCUCAUCGGGAUGCUGAUCGGACUCAGCGCCAUCGACUUCAGCUUCUGCCUCAAGGGCGAAGUGUUGGACGGGAAGACCCCCGUGGUGAUCGACUACACACCCUACCUGAAGUUCACCCAGAGUUACGACUACCUGACGGACGAGGAGGAGCGGCACAGCGCCGAGAGCAGUACGAGCGAGGACAACUCGCCCGAGCACCCCUACCUGCCGCUGGUCACCGAUGAGGACAGUUGGUACAGCAAGUGGCACAAGAUGGAACAGAAGUUCCGCAUCGUCUAUGCACAGAAGGGCUACCUGGAGGAGCUGGUGCGUCUGCGUGAGUCGCAGCUCAAGGACCUGGAGGCGGAGAACCAGCGGCUGCAGUUGCAGCUGGAGGAAGCGGCGGCGCAGAACCAGCGCGAGAAGCGGGAGCUGGAAGGCGUCAUUCUGGAGUUGCAGGAGCAGCUGACAGGGCUGAUUCCCGGUGACCACGCUCCCUUGGCCCAGGCCUCCAAGGAGCUGGUCACGCCCCUGGUCAACCAGUGGCCUUCUCUGGGAACGCUCAAUGGAGCCGAGGGGUCCAAUAACCCCAAACUCUACCGCAGGCACAGUUUCAUGAGCCCGGAGCCCCUCUCUGCUGAAGCCAGUCUCAGCUCCGACUCCCAGCGCCUGGGAGAGAGCAAGCGGGAUGAGGAGCCCUGGGGUCCCAUGGGUGAGCACCCCACCCCACCCCUCUUCAGGGAGGGCCAAGGCAAGGCCCACAGGAUCCAGGACCCAAGUUGGCCCAUGGAAGCUCAGAGCCAAAUUAGUGGCUCUCUCCAAGCGAAUGCCCAGGACUUCAACGCAUGCAUUUUGUGUUGACCGCUCCCUGGCUUCAUCCCGUGUCCCCUCCUGAGUUUUCCGGGUGCCUGGAUUUUCUUUUUUCUUUUUAACCCUCGUUGUACUGGAUGGCCCCAGAUCCCCAGAACAAGGCAGGCUGCGGACAUGACCCCACCGGUGUUUGUGACUGUCCAUGUCUCUCCCCACCAGACUGUGAGCUCCGUGAGGGCAGGGUCCGUGUUUCAUCCCUUCUCUGUACCCCCAGUGCUCGGAACAGAGCAAGUGCUCAGUGUAUUUUAAUAAACAAGGAGCGGAUGGAGCUGGGGGGAAGAGACACAGGAAGUAACUAAAGAUCACAA